ACACGUGGGCGGGGCUAAGCAAGUGACAUGCAGAAUACAGAAAACUUUGAGCUUCCUGCUAACUUUGCUCCAUCGUCUGAGGCGAUGUUACUGGCUUAACGCAGCACGUCAGAAACGCUCGAGAAGAUGGACUGCUCAGGAGAGGAUGAUGGAGAAUUCUGCAGAUUGGCGAGGGCGAGUUUACUGCUGAUGAACAGCAAAAAUGAAAUCAGCGCACGACUGCAACAGUUUGUGGAGGAAAGGAUGCAGACCACCAUGCUCACAGGUGUGCUGAUUGGAGCUGCAGUUGCUGUCUCACUGAUCGGCAUUGUGGUGCUUUUCCUUUACAGGAGAUUCAAGCUUGCUCGUGAAAAACAGCCCGGUGUACCUCAGUAUCGCUUCAGAAAACGAGAUAAAGUGCUCUUCUAUGGAAGGAAGAUUAUGCGAAAGGUCCAGACGCUGUCAGCGAUUCCUCCUCCCACCUCUGCCUCAGUGACAAAGCAACCGCAGCGCAUACGCAAACGAACCAAAGUUCUCAGUAUAGCUCGCAAAAUCCUGAGGAUCCGCAAAGAUCCUCCCACCCUGCAGCCGAAGGAACCUCCGCCCUCCCUGCUGGAGGCUGACCUUACAGAGUUUGAUGUGCAGAGCUCAAACAUGCCCUCCGAGGUCCUCUAUAUGCUGAAGAAUGUCAGAGUCUUGGGCCAUUUUGAGAAGCCCCUCUUCCUCGAGCUGUGUCGCCACAUGGUGUUUAUCGAACUGCAGGAGGGUGAAAGUCUUUUCAGGCCAGGAGACGAUGACGAUAGCAUUUUCGUGGUCCAGGAUGGACGACUCGAGCUAUGCAUCCACGAGAACGAUGGUACUGAACCAGUGGUGAAGGACGUGCUUCCAGGAGACAGCGUCCACAGCUUGCUCAGCAUUCUGGACAUCAUCACUGGUUAUCCAGCUCCAUAUAAGACUGUAUGUGCACGGGCCGCAACUCGUGCAACCAUCUUACGUUUACCUGCAUCAGCCUUUGAGUCUGUGUUCAAGAAAUACCCAGAGACGCUUGUUCGCGUCAUUCAGAUAAUCAUGGUGCGCCUCCAAAGAGUCACCUUCUUGGCAUUGCAUAACUAUCUGGGCCUAACAACUGAGCUCUUCAAUCCGGAGAGUCGGGCGGUGCCCUUGUCCAACAUAAACAGUGUGAUGGGAGAUGUGACUUCCUGGAAGACGACUCGUCGUUUGUACUUCCAGGAUGAGUUGCCCACUGGGGCCCCGGAGAGCUCCACAGAGUCAGAUAAUGUAAAGGACAGUCCUUCAAGCAGCUACAGGAAGCUGCGAUCCACCUCGAUGCCCACCGACUGCGCAGUUGCAGGUAAUGACCUGAACAUGGCUUGUGAACGAGCUCGAGUCACUAUAGAUGACACUCCAUCCAGUCCUGUCACUCCCAAAUCCAGUCUGAAGAAGAGUGUGACAAUGCAGCACACGCCCUCCGAAGUGUUUCACUACACAGACAGUGGGGGGCACUCUGAUGCCAUUCACCUCAGUAAGAGUUGCACAAUCCUCCAGGCUGCUAAGAAGGACCUGCUGGGAAUCAUCCAGUUGCAGGACCCCAGUCUACUUGAGGGCAGAGUGACCCUCCAUCAAGUCAAAGCUGGUUCUGUGGUGGCUCGUCAGGGAGACCAGGAAGUGAGCAUCCAGUUUGUGAUCUCUGGCCUCCUCCAUGUUUACCAACGGAUGAUUGACCGUGAAGAAGAGACGCGUCUGUUUGUGACGCACCCUGGAGAGCUUGUCGGUCAACUUGCUGUCCUGACCGGAGAGCCCCUCAUAUUCACUGUUCGAGCCCAGCGAGACUGCAUCUUCCUUUCCAUUUCCAAAACCCACUUCUACGAGAUAAUGCGCGUGGAGCCCAAGGUUGUGCUGAACGUUGCUCACACAGUGGUGAGAAGGAUGUCAUCUUUUGUCAGACAGAUAGACUUUGCUCUGGACUGGAUGGCUGUGGAAGCUGGCAGGGCGGUCUACAGGCAAGGAGAGAAGUCGGACAGUACUUUCAUAGUGCUGAGUGGUCGACUGCGCUCUGUAAUCAUGAAGGAAGAUGGAAAGAAGGAGCUCAUAGGAGAGUACGGACGUGGCGACCUGAUUGGAGUGGUGGAGACCCUGACUCAUCAGAACAGAGCCACCACAGUGCAUGCUGUACGAGACUCUGAGCUGGCCAAGUUACCAGAAGGAGCUCUCAGCUCCAUCAAGAGAAAGUUCCCGCAGGUUGUCACCAGGUUGAUCCACUUACUGGGACAGAAGAUCCUCCAGCAGGUCAAUGGUCCUCUGACAGCUCGCAGUUUGGCCCUCCACACUCCUGGCAGUAAGUGGGAUGCAGGGAACCAGGCCUCCAACCUUUCCACUGUUACAGUCCUGCCUGUAUCAGAAGAAGUACCUCUGACUGCCUUCACCCUGGAGCUGCAGCAUGCACUCAUGGCAAUAGGUCCGACUCUUCUGCUGACCAGUGAGGUUAUCAAACAGCGACUUGGAGCUGCAGCACUAGACAGUGUCCAUGAGUAUCGUCUGUCCAGCUGGCUGGGCCAACAAGAGGACCUCCAUCGCAUAGUUCUUUACCAGACGGACUACACACUGACCCCGUGGACACAGCGGUGCAUUCGUCAGGCUGACUGCAUCAUUAUUGUGGGACUAGGAGAGCAGGACCCUGUUGUUGGGGAGCUGGAGCGUAUGUUGGAAGGAAGUGCAGUGCGUGCCCAGAAGCAGCUGGUGCUUUUGCACAGAGAAGACGGCCCCCCACCCACAGGAACUGUGGACUGGCUCAACAUGCGAAGCUGGAUCUCCAGACACCUCCACCUCUCUUGUCCCCGAAGGGUCUUCUCUAAGAGGAGCCUGCCCAAACUGUUGGAGCUGUAUCAACGUGUGUUUGAGAAGCCGGCAGACCGUCACUCAGACUUCUCACGCCUGGCUCGAGUCCUUACAGGCAAUGCUAUUGCUCUUAUUCUGGGAGGAGGAGGGGCCAGGGGCUGUUCCCAGGUGGGGAUAAUGCGAGCUCUCUGUGAGGCCGGCAUCCCAGUGGACCUUAUUGGUGGCACCUCGAUCGGUUCCCUGAUGGGGGCAAUAUAUGCCGAGGACCGUAGCCACAGCCGCAUGAAAAUGAGGGCUAAAGAAUGGGCGAUGGAAAUGACAUCUGUGUUUAAGAAGGUUCUGGAUUUGACGUACCCAGUCACCUCCAUGUUCUCCGGCGCUGCCUUCAACUCCAGCAUUAGCAAUGUCUUCAAGAGCAAACAGAUUGAGGACCUUCGCAUCCCGUAUUUCAAUAUUACAACUGACAUCACUGCCUCUGCCAUGAGAGUACACACUGAUGGUUCUCUGUGGCGGUAUGUUCGUGCCAGCAUGUCUCUGUCUGGGUAUCUGCCUCCUCUCUGCGACCCCAAAGAUGGACACCUGCUGAUGGAUGGAGGCUACAUCAACAACCUGCCCGCUGAUGUGGCACGCUCCAUGGGGGCCAAAGUGGUGAUAGCUAUUGACGUGGGCAGCCGGGAUGAAACCAACCUCACUAAUUACGGCGACUCCCUCUCAGGCUGGUGGCUGCUAUGGAAACGGCUAAACCCCUUAGCUGAGAAAGUAAAGGUGUUAAACAUGGCAGAGAUUCAGACUCGGCUGGCCUACGUGUGUUGUGUUAGGCAGCUGGAGUCUGUGAAGAGCAGUGACUACUGCGAGUAUAUCAGACCUCCAAUCGACAGAUACCGAACCCUGGAGUUCGGCAAGUUUGAUGAGAUUGCUGAGGUGGGAUACCAGCACGGAAAGACUGUGUUUGACGUGUGGACUCGCAGUGGAGUGGUGGACAAAAUGUUGAAAGACCGACACCAGGAGGAGUUCCACAACACCCAAAGCAAGAACAAUGUGGUGUCAUGUCCCAAUGCUUCCUUUACUGACCUGGCAGAAAUUGUGUCCCGCAUCGAGCCUGUCAAACCUGCUCUGGUGGAUGAGGAGUCAGACUACCAAACUGACUAUGACGAGGAGGCAGUGGAGAGCGCUCUGUCGGACAUGGAGCUAUACAAUCGCUACGGAGAGCACACUGAAGGGGAGGAGACUGCUGACACGGAUGAAGAGCUUGAAGGGAGACGUGCAGGCCACAUUACCUCACUCUCCAGCAGCAUCCCCCAAACUCCCACCAUUUCUGACAGUCCAUCAAACCAGGAAGUCCUCCCUAAACAGUCCUUUGAGUGAAGAACAGUCUUGUCCCCCAUGAAUCAAAAUGACUGCAUUUACCGUGUUGCCCUCAUGGCCUCGUUAGCUGUGUGGCUGACACAACAAAUGGCAAUACAGGCAGCUCGUAUCACAGUAUUCCCUCAGCUGCAAAUCCUAUGCAUUCCUAUUAUCCAAGAGCAGCUGCAAGUCUAAUCAUUUCUCAUUUUGACAGUCAAGAGUACUCUCUGUAACUUUACACAAAUAACAACAGUCCAGUGGAAGAUGGAAGGUUGGCAAUACUAUUUCCAUGAAAUAUGUAUUAGAUUUACGCAGCUGAAAACUAUGACUUUUGGUUGUUAACGCUUAGAUUUUAAGAGUUACAACUAGAUUUAAGAGGGUUAAAGAGUCUGUUCAUUUAAAUUACAAAAGUUUCUCACUUUUCUGUUGUCUGAACAUGUGGAUAAUUUUGACAUGAUCCAGACUUUUACCACACAAGUAUUAAAGAUUACAUUGACACAUUCAACAUGUCUAAAUAUGAUCAUAGGGACAAGAAAAGAGAAGACAUUUUAUUUUAUAUUUCUGACUGCUAAUUAGAACCUUUUUUGAAAUUCAGCUAUGAACACAACUCUUCACAAUCUCUAAAACUUGGAUCAAUAACACAAAAUCUCUCUCCCUGACUAUUACCUCCCUGUAGUGGUAUCUAAACAUGCCAGGGUCCACUUCAACAGGUACACAGUCUAAUCCCGUCCAAUACAGCAGAUCUGCCAUACAGUCCAUCUUUACAAAGCUCAUAAUGUUCUGUUUUUGGUGACAUUGUUGGAAGGGUGUGAAUUAAAUUAUGCGUUUAUUACUGUGGUCACAAAGGUGUUGUGCUGGACUAUAUUAUAUUGAGGUGUAUCUCUCGCAAUAUAAUGCAGUCCAGUACAACACCAUCACUAAAUUAUAGCUCAGUGUUAAAAUAUCUAAUUUAGCCAACACCUCUAUGACAAGGAAAACCCAAAUUGUUGGCAUUAUGGAAGAACAGUUGUAUUGGAUUACAUUAGAUUGCACCUCAUGAAGUGACAUAUUGCAUUAUGUUAAGAAAGACUGAAUGUUCAAAACACUGAAGAAUAGUUUCUGAUUUCUUAUGUCAUGAUCUACAUCAAUUUAGCAAAACAAGUGGCACACACCGUGUCCACGGCUGGCACACAGCUCUGUCGUACCCAGUGUGCCACGGAGGGAAGUAAUGACUGCAAUCCACUUCAAAGCCUCUCGGCCACGCAUCUGUUUUCUGGCUUAAAUCCAUCAGACAGUCAGCAGCCAGCGUGGAAGUGUUGGCCAACUCUACAGUUUAUGCACGGGGUCUUUUUGCAUCGGCAGGACGGUUCCUCCCAGGAACAUGCUGUAACAAGUUAUUUAGCUUGUUCAUGAUUUAGUUGUUUGUUUUCUCCUGUGAUUUGCAUCUUUUGAAACUGCAUUAAGAUCAUCAGAUGCAUACAUAUUAUAUUUAAAAAAGUUAAUAAAUACAUAUUUUCUUAUUUAAGCCAAGAAUGUAUACAAGCUAAGCCCUAGAUGAUUUUAUGCACACGCCCCACGAGCUCGACAUUCACUCCAAAAAUGCAACGCAAUGCAAAAAUACACUAACAAAUAGUUAUAUAGCCUUGUUUAACAUGCCUCUGUGUCACUUUACUGAUUUUAUAGUCAACUUCCUUAACCUCAAUCGCAACUAGGGCUGCAACUAACGAUUAUUUUCAUUAUUGAUUAGUGUGAUAUUUAAUAUUUUAUUAAGAGAUUCAUCUUUUGGUCUAUAUUAUGUCAUUUCUAAGAGCCCAAGGUGACAUUUUUAAAUAUUCUUUGUCGAACCAACAGUCAAAUACCCAAAGAUAUUUAGUUUACUCAAAGUAAUUCCAGGAAAAGCAACAAAUCCUCACGUGAGAAACUGGAAACAUCAAAUGUUUGGCAUUUUGCUUCAUGAAUAGUUUAAACAAUCAAAUGAUAAUCAUAGUUAGUAGUUUUCUGUUAACUGUUUCAGCCCUAAUUGCUUUUUUUACCCGAGCACUAGCAAGACACUGCAUAACAAACAAUUUCGAUGAGGAUUACUUUAUAUUGUUUCUAAAAGAAUAAUUAUUUUAAAAAACAAAUGUUUCUGUGUUGUCUGGUCGAUAAACUAUGUAAUGGGGAUUGUACUGCAAUUUCUUGUUACUUAGCGGCCAACGCAUGUUGAAAUGCAAACAUAGCUGCAACAAGUUCAUCAUCCGGCCAAUUUAUUUGUUGGGCUCUAAUCAUAAGAAUAUCACUGCAAACGUUGGAUUUAAUUGUCUUCCCACUUGAUCUAGCACCCUGUGAGCCUCACCAUAUGAGCUGUGAUCUCGGCUAAUACCGGUGCUACAUGCCUGCAGCCUUACACGCUUAACCGUAGAGACGCCCUGUGAAACCCAAUAUGGGGAUCCCGAAUGGCGCUGGUUCAAUGAAGUCUGGAGAUAGAAUGUGGGAGCAAAGCAGACGGUAGUACAAUGAGGUAAUGGUGUUUGCACUGGUGUUUUGUUGUACGUUUGGGUGGUUUCCAAAAACCAAGCACAAUGAAUUGAUGUCUGGCAGAAUGAAUGCUUCACUACUUUAUUAAAUGAAGUGCUGAUGUAAUGUGUGGAACUGUGCCAUAAAGUUAAAGUUAAAGUUUCAAAGCCUUAGAUACACAAACAUGUGUGCCCUCAUUUAGCAUUAGUUUACAAUGAUGAAUGUUUACCACUAAGCCUGUACUAUAUGACAUCAGUUACUUGUCUAUACUUGUGUUAUUUGAUAAAUAUUGUUUUUGAUAAUCAAUUGUUACUAAAUAAACUGUUUGUUGUUGUA